AUGAAUGGGUUGAUGGGAGAUGGAGAAUGUUUUCAUAUGAGGUGUUCUGCUCAUAUUUUGAACUUUGUGGUAAAUGAGGGGUUGAGAGAUAAACAUUUAGCUGUAACUAGUGUUAGGGAUGCUGUUAGAUUUGUCAAGUCAUCACCUCAAAGGGGAGCCAAGUUUAAAGAAUGCAUUGAAUUUGCUGAAAUAACUUGUAAAAAAUUGGUUUGUCUCGAUGUUUCAACUCGUUGGAACGCGACAUAUUUAAUGCUAGAGGCUGCGGAGAAGUUUCAAUUUGCAUUUGAAAAACUUGAGGAUGAAGACUCGAGCUACAGGGAGUUCUUUGGAAAAGUGUCUUCCAUUUAUUGUGAGUUGCAGCAAGCUACUAUGAACUUAAAUUAUAUUUUUGCAAGUGUGGGUGGGGAUAUGAUGGAAAAGUAUAAUAAGUAUUGGGGGAGUGUUGAUAAGCUGAACAAAAUGAUAUAUUUUGGUAUUAUUCUUGAUCCAAGAUACAAGUUGAGAUUUAUUGAGUGGACUUUUAAGGAUAUGUAUGGAGUUGGAUCCAAGCUUGGUAGUAACUUGCUCAAAGCUAUAAAAGAGAGUUUACAAAAGCUGUAUGAUUGGUAUAAGCAAGCUUAUGACCAAAAACUCAAUUCUGGACAGCCUCUUGGUAGUGGUGGACAAGCAUCCAAUUCUGAAACAAAUGCUACUGCUGUAUGUUCUUCAGUUAUGGCUAGAGCCGAAGCUUUUGAGCAACAUUUAAAGGAACAAGACUCGAUUGAUCAAGAAAAUGAGCUUGAGGGUUAUAAUUCUAAGUGUGUCAAAAAGGAUCCUAAUUUUGACAUUCUUAUAUUUUAG